AUGGACGCCCCGACGGAUAUCCCCCGGCCCUCCAGCUCCCAGCGCCAGACCCUGGGUUUGAAGUUUGCGGAGUCUCGAGCUCCCGAAACUCCUAUCCUAGACGCUGAGGGCCUGACCAAGGGUGAGGCUAUAUCGCUCGUCGAUCUCGCUAGAUACUGGGCAAGAAUGGGCAAGACCGAACCCUCGCCCCAGCACCCAUCGAUGGCUGAGUGCCUGCCAGCCUUGCUGGAAGCCGUCUUCGAUGGGUGGGACAGCUCAGAGGGCGCGCCAGAAGUCCCGAUAGAGCCAGGUCGGAACAAGAGAGACACGGGACUCAAGAUCGGAACGUGGGAAGAGGAUCUUCAACCCUCACUUACUGAGACUGCGGAUGCAUGGCUAACGCUAAGCCUUCCCAAAGACGGCGGCUUCAAGUAUACGUUCCGUGAUGCGUUCUUCCGACAGGCUCCGCAUAACAAAGUCGUUGUAUACAGCCCUGGCAUGUCGCACUUUAAGGCCAUGCAAAGAUGUAUCUCUAUCUACGACCGGGCUGAGGAGCAUCGGGUGAAUGACUUCAACAAGCGGCUAGUACUCGCCAUGAGUCGUAGGCGCAUCACCGGAUUCGCCCAAUCUGGCAACGUGGGCGAUGACGAGGGUCAUCCGGAAAUCCCUCGCGAGGAGUCUAUCGAAGAACUCUUUGUGGUCUUGAGGCUGGCCUGUGAUGCCUUCGAUGAACGCUGGGACUUGAUCGCCAGGCUCCGCGGCAAACUCGGCGAUGGAAGCUCUUAG